AAAAUGUAUAUUGGCAUUAGAAUCUUCCGACGCGAGCGAAGAUCGCUAUACCGGGGUAAAGUCCAAGUUUAAUAAGUCACCAAUAAAUGAUGUAUUCAAUGUAGCUCGGUAUACACCUAAACAUCGUCAUUCCGUAUCACUCAUACGUAAUUCGUACAUGACAUUCUAAAUAGACGUAUUAUAAGCUGUGAUUAAGACAAGGCGUGCAAUCGUGUGUGACUGCAGUAUAUAUUGUGAGCCUCUUGCACAUUGUGUUCUUUUAGAGGUGAAUCAGCUAAAAAAUUAACGAGAGCGUCAUUUUGAGCAACAUGGACAGACGGAGGACUGGUAUUCUCGUAUAAGGACUCAAUCCAGUGAUUUAUUCUUUGAAGUGCCUUCCAGGGUAUUGUAGAUCUUGGUGACCUCAUCCCUCCCCUAAGUACCAGACAAAACAUUACUUUAGACAAGCAGUACUAUUAGUCAACCCCAAGAACUAUGGAGGGGUCAUACAAAACACAAGAGGAUGACAGAAUACUGUUAAGACCGCCCUCUGCGGUUGGAACUCAAACCAACUUCAACGAUCCUCAGAGAGCAGCUGAACUCGAACUCGGAAUCGACAACCCACUCGCCGUCGAGACUGAGACCUCGCUACAGAACGGCGACGCCCACGAACAGAAUGGAGGAGCGUCGAACGGAAAAACGAGAACGAUGUCGAAUGGCAAUGGUCACGCUGCUGAGCCAGAUUCACUCCCGCCGAAGCCAAACGAAGUCGACGAUGAUGACGAUAACCCGGAAUGCGGAUGGUUUAGGUGGAGGCCUAAUUGCUUACAGUGCUGCAAUAACAUCGUCGGCUACACCCUCUUCCUCUCCAUCUUCGUGAUCGCUCAGGGUAUGACAGUCAACGGUCUCGUCUACGUCGUCAUCACCACGCUCGAACGCCGCUUCGGGUUCACCAGCGUCCGUAGUGGCUUCAUCUCAAGCAGCUACGACUUCACCGUCAUGGUCAUCAUCAUUUUCGUCACGUACUUCGGCGAGAAGGCGCACAAGCCCAUCUGGUUAGGCAUAGGGGCUGGCAUAUUUGGGAUCGGUUCGAUCAUUUUUACGCUCCCGCAUUUCCUGACGGGAGACUACGUUUAUCAGAACUCCGAUUUUGAGUUGUGUGAUAGCAACCGAACUGGGGACGAUCUAUGUACGACGACGGAAGUACAGGACGAAAAUCUGGUCAACUACUACGCCGUCUUCAUUCUGGCUCAGGUGUUCCACGGUGUCGGAGCCUCGCCGCUGUACACGCUCGGCGUCACGUAUAUUGACGAGAAUGUGUCAUCGGCCGCAUCGGGACUUUAUAUAGGUAUCUUCAAAGCUAUGGCAAUUCUUGGACCUGCAAUAGGAUACAUAAUGGGAGGAAUAUUCCUGGGUCUCUACACUGAUAUCCAACACGCAGAUGAUCUUGACAUCACCCCUGAAGACCCUACAUGGGUUGGUGCUUGGUGGCUAGGUUUUAUUGUAGUGGCUGCCAUCUCGUUCUCUCUCGUCAUACCAUUUGUGGGAUUCGGCAAGACGCUACCAGGCGGAAAGAAGAUGUUCGCGCAACGUGAGGUUGAAACCCAGAAAGGGACGGAAUUCGAAGCGAAGACGGGAUGGCAAGCGGUUCUCCAAUUUCCAAAAGCUUUGUGGAUGCUAGUAAAAAACCUACCAUUUAUGUUCAACAAUUUAUCAACGGCCUGUGAAACAUUUAUACUGGUGGCCGUAGGUGUUUUCGGUCCUAAAUACAUGGAGUCGCAGUUUAAUAUGACAGCUGGCGAGGCAGCCAUCAUUGCAGGCAUCAUCGUCACACCGUCAAGUUUUAUAGGUGCCUUAUUCGGUGGCUGGGUUGUCAAACAUUAUAAUCUCAAGUACCGUGGCAUGAUGCGUUUUACAUUAGUUGUUCUUAUCAUCAGCUUCGGUCUCCAAUUCCUCUUCCUCAUCAGCUGUGCAAACGUCGACUUCGCCGGCGUGACCGUAAACUACGGACGCAACCCUGCGGACAUCACGCCCGAGGAAGGCUCAAACAUCACAGCUAUCUGUAACGAUGAUUGCAAGUGUACCAAUAACUUCCAACCGCUGUGUGGUGAAGAUGCUGUCAUGUAUUACUCACCGUGCCACGCAGGGUGUACGGUCAAGAGCACCAAUGAAGACUCACAAUCAGUAUAUUCCGAGUGUGAUUGUAUACCACCUACGAACAUGACUGCAGGGAUCCUCGGCACUGGUGAUGGUGGUCGCUGUGAACAGGGAUGCUCCAAACAACUCACUUUCAUCAUCCUCACCUUCCUUCUCAUUACUGUGGCGGCAAUGAUAGCCGUUCCGCAGCUCACAGCAACUCUACGUUGUGUCUCGCAAUCACAGAGAACGUUUGCCUUAGGAGUGCAAUCGGUCAUAUACAGAUGUUUAGGAUCUGUGCCUGCACCAAUCAUCUUUGGAUCCCUCAUCGACCGAACGUGCCUGAUCUGGGAGGAUGAAUGCGACGGGAGCAGGAACUGUUGGAUGUAUGACAACGUAGAGUUAUCUCGAUACACCCUGAUCAUGUUGCAAUCUGCUAAAGGUCUUUCCAUCAUCUUCAUCAUCCUGGCCCUCGUCACUUACCGUCCAGCUACCGAGAACCCCACCGAGUCUGCAGCGCCGAGCACCAUCAGCAAGGAUGUCAUGCCGCCCGAGAUCCCUCGCGUCGAAGACAUCGAGGAUGAGAAGGUAUAAGGGGAACGAUGCUGGUGUAACUCGAACGGCUGAGGGCGUCUUGCUUAGGGAGCGUUCGUUCUGCCGAGAGGUCGUUUCGCCGUAUGAGCUCCUCACGCGUUUCUUUAAAGAUCCUGUCAUGCCUUGUCCAUACAGUCGGAUGCUGAGAUUGUGGCGAGUUCACGGCACAAUAUCCUUGGAGAACUUGGAAAUAUCUCGGGAUAGUUCGGCUUGUUAUUACUCGAUGGCAGCGUGUCACCGAUAGCUCGUGAAACAUCGUGAAAUUCUCAACAUCCAUCUCGGUAUCCUCUCGGCAAUAACUCGGCACAAACUCGGCACCGACUCGGCAAUGUGUGAUAGGGAAGCUUUAAUCCGCGCGUAAUGUAUGUAGGAGCUCAAAUACCAAAGAAAAAAAGAAUCGAUGGCAUCAGCGAAACGACGGAUUUUAACUCUAAUGGUUUGUCUCUGGGGUCUUUGUUUGCUUGAUUGAUUCCUUGAGUGGUAUCAAAUGAGUAGGCCUAGUAAAAGUGAUCUCAGUGUUUUACUAGUGCAGUGAUACAGGCCGAAAAUUGUUCUGAUCCAGAGACGAAACGCCGAUGCUAUGCGGAUCCAAUAUACUUUUACCAGUAUUCAUUAAUAAGCCUAUUUUUCCAUUGUUUCAAUGAUUAGUCUCGUAAACUUUCGUACCAAAGGUACUAGGGAAAGUAUCACAAUUAUAUAUAUUUUCUCGGUUAGUUUUUCUACGCUCAGAGCAAAAAUUUAAAUAGAAUAGUAUAAAAAGGACUAGCUAGUAUAUUGAGCGUUUGACGUUAUAGUAUUGUUUGCGUUUCGUCUACAUGUGCUGGCUUCCAAAUGAUCCGUUUGUAUAUAAGAGCAUUAUCCCUCCGUUAUGAUAAGAAAGUUAUUAUGUACAUAAUUCUUUUUAGUGAACAAUUCCCAGCUUUGUUAAAUUGUUACUUCUGCUAUAUCUAUUAUCUGAAAGGCAGUGGAACAUUAUUGUUUAAAAACGUUUGCCGCAAACGCUAAAGCAGGGUUUGAAUGCCAUGUAUAUCAUUACUAGGGUAGAGAAAUUGUUGUGAAAAAUACGUCACAUCAUGUUCCUCUGCCUUUAAUUUAUAUUGUCGCCUUUGUUCAUCAAUAUGAACAUUUUAUAUUUCUUCAUCACAUAAAAUUAAACCGUAUUCAAAGCUUAUUAUAUUGUGAAUUUUUUAAACUAAAGAUAUGUAUAUAGGAUGUCCGAUAAUAUCAAUUAUCGUUUUUACUUGUAUAUUUAUCUAUUUUGUUGAAAUUCAAAAUAGAAUGAAAGUAGGAUAUCAUGUAUUCAAUCCGCAUACAGUGGAUGAUGUGUGCUUUCAGACAUAAUUAGAAUGUCUUUAUUUACACAUUAAAGUUGUACUAGACUUAAACAUUCCAGUAUUAUCGUCCACCGUCUCUCAGUGUGCCCCAAACCGAGGGAGUUUAAAUCAGAAUGGACAAAUAUAUAGGCACUGAUAUUGUAUUGCAGAUAUACAGUGGUCAUGAAAUGGACAUAUUUCACUUAUUUUGUUUUGGAUUCAGGGAUUCGGCCUUUAAAGGUCUAUUAUCUAAUUGCAGUAUCUUCCAAUAUGCUUCAUUUAUUCAUCCCUGUGUCAACACCUUACCUUAUUCAACAUUCAAGUGAGUGGUAGCAGAAUUCAAUGAAUGAAUUUGAUUUGGUGAUUCGAAAAUAUGAAGGGAAAACCAUCUUAUAGGCACUAGAUAUCGUAGAUUACUUGAACUGCAAUUAGAAAUUUUGUCCAUCUAAUCUUUCAGGCAUAUACAUUCUCAUAUCAUUAGUAUACACAUACACACACGCAAACACACGUAUCAUCACGUAUUCCCUUUCAGGUAAAACUCAUUCAACCAUCAUUCACCAUUUUCAGAAUGGACUAAUUGGAUAGAAACAAAUUUAAACAUAAAAAAAAGAAAAAAAAUCGUACAGAAAACUAUCGGCACCAGUCUUAAAAUCGUCAGUCAUAAUUACAUUUCGUUUUCCCCCGAAGUUUUGAAGAGUAUUGUCCCCAACAAAAUGACACAAUUCUAGCGAAUCUUAUUUUUUAAAAUGGUAAAGAAAUUGUGCCAUAUCAGCACGCUUUCUAUCAUUGUGUUGCAGCAGCAGCCCGAUUUGAACUACGCCCUCUCCGCUCCAGAUACGCUGGAUGUGGCACUCAGCUGGAUCAUAGGCCGUCCAGAGGCUUGCGAGUACGGCAGGCGUCCGGUCUACAUGACUUGACCCGUUGACUGCCACCGGCUUUCGUGCUUGUGCCUUGUCGGCCAUUUUGGCGGUCGAAACUCAGGGUUAUACUGGUUAAUGGAGGCGUAUGGAGGUGCUAUAUAAUCCAAUGCCAGUAGAAGAGUGCUGCAUAACUAUAAAGCCUGUUUAAUAAUCUCAAUACAGGUAUCAGACAUCUGUUAUUUUAAAGUAUCCUCAUUUUACAGUAAGGGAGACAGCCGUAUUUGGAGGACAAUAUAAUGUCCUCCGUUAACGAGAGAAAAAAAAUCCGCAUCAGUGAGCACGCAUGAUCUCUCAUCUGCGCUGUUCAUUCUGUCGCUGCAGAGACACUCUAAAAGAGCCUUUGCUAAUUUGACUUUGAAAUAUUUUGAAAGAUGUAGAACACAUUCCUAUGCUAUGUUAACCCCGAAAGUAUGUGACCAUACACUGCACUAUCUGUAAAAAACUAAGAGUUUUAUGGCAGUGCAGAUUUCAAAAAAAUAUAAGAUUUUAUGAAGAUAUAUGUAUCAAGUCUCGCAAGUCAAAACCAUAUGAUUUCUACGCAUCUACAGAUCAAGCACAUCGGGUUCACACGUGUGCUCUCUGAUGCAGAACUUGUCUUGUUAACAGAGGACAACAAUCGUCCUUCAAAAUAGACCGUUUCACUGACUGUUUAUCAAAGAAGAUACUGCAUUCAUCCCAGAUAUUCCAUGCUGAAAGCUUGAUAACUUUUGAAGAUUGUGCCAUGAUAAAAUGCAUUUGCAGGGAAGGAAAAAUUAUCGCUUCGGAGACAAUGCUGCGUCAACUCUAUACUCCAAAUCAUGCUCUCUUGAAAUCAUUGCGUUUAAUGAUCUCAACUAAACAAUUAUUUCAUUUUCACAAAACUAUAUUCUGUAAUCAUGCAUUUGUAAUAUUUUAUUCAAAAAGAAUGGGUGCUGAAUAUGGAUUGUAUAUAACUGAAUAAUACUGUCACUCGUGUAAUUAUUCAUUCAUUCAAUAUUUACUCGCACAUAUAUUUUGGAUGAUAAUCUCCCUUGGAAAUUAAUACCUCAUACGAUGAGGUCAUUUAAAAACAAUUGUUAUUCAGGGAGAAAAACAUAAUGUUCUGUUUAUACAUGUAAAUCACUCACUUUACAACUCUUCUUUGAUCUGAAUCUAUGUAGUAAUUGUAAAAAAUAAAGCAUACUUUAACUUCAAAUAUUCACAUAUGACUAUAUUCUGGUUCCAAAUUCAUUUCAAACAGCUAGUCACGAACCAGUGACAGUAGUCAGAUGUGUGUUUCAUCCAAUUUCAUAAUCACAAUUGAUAAUCACUUUUCACAAACGCAUGUACACUGUGAUGGGUGUGUGAUAUCUAUUAAAUAACUGCCUUCAUAUCAUAUGACCUUGCAUGCAUUAUUGAGUGUAUGAAAAUGAAAGGAAAUGAAAAUAUAUUCAUCUUCUCAUCCUUUGAUUAUGUAUUCAUUUCCACAAAAAGCACAUAAUGCUCUUUAUAUCUACCCUUACAUUGCAAUAUAGUAAAUACAAAUUGAUUAUAAACGAAUUGUUACGAUUAUUACUCAGCUAUCAUACUGUACGUGUGUGUUGAACAGUUGUAUAGAUAGUUAUGAUAAUGAGCGAAAGCUAUUUUUCAUGAAAAGGUUUCGUUCAAGAAUUCAAUAUUUUUCCUAUACUUGGAAGUCUUUCAAAAUUGAAAAUCAUAGCAAUUGUAUAAUGCUGUAAAUCUUUGUGCUCUCUUUUAAUAAGGUGCUGCCACUGAUAUUUGCUCCCGCAGUUUAUUGCAACAGUGUGUAUUAUGAAAGAGAUACAUGUAAUCGUCUCAUUUACCAAAGAGUAUAUUGUAUUGUUUGAGAUAACGUGUAUUUUAUGCUACUUUUUACCAAAGCUUAUGUAAGAUAAAUUGUAUUUCUACUUUCUCCUUCAUUUUAUCAUCAUUGUACAAUUAAUUGCCUUUGAAACCAGUUUCGCUGCCUCAGGGUAGUAAUGUACAUGUAAUGGGAAGUCGAUCGUAAUUU